CUGAGCGCGGCGCCCGCGGAAUACACGCGCAUGCGCUAUCCUCUAACCACAUGCGUUCAGCGUGCAAACCACCGACUGAAGAACAGGGUUUGUUGUAGAGAAGGGCCAUAGACAUGGCAGAAUCAGCUACUCCGUUGUACACCUCUGAGAAGGGUAGCGACGAGACGGGGGCUGGUACUGAGGACCAGCCAUUCUUGACUCUACUGCGGGUGAGUGUGCGCGGAUACUACAGCCCCGAGAGCAAGUCCGUGUCCCUGCAGGCCAUGAGAGAAGCUGGGAAAGAACCGUUCCCCAAGUUUUACACAGACUCCAAACAAGAAGGAGAACGAUGGGAGGAGGUAUCUCAAAGCCAGGUGAAGAAGAUGAAGAAGGUCUGGGUCAGGGAGGGCUACAAACAGGACAAGGCCGAGCAGAGACUGAAGGAUGACGCGGAGAAGCGACAGAAGAAUUUGGAAGAGGCCAAACAGAUAGUUCUAACGCAGGACUCGAGCCUCCCUGCACCCAAGAGGAUCAAGAUCAGGGACACGGUUGAUCACAGAGACCAGAGAGUCAGGAUCAGCGGCUGGGUUCACAACAUACGACAGCAGUCGAAAUCUCUCUUUUUCAUUGUCCUGAGAGACGGGACCGGAUUCCUGCAGUGUCUCUUCCACGACAAACUGUGUCAGACGUAUGAGGCGCUGACUCUGGCCCCUGAGAGUACCAUCACUGUCUAUGGGGUCCUCAAGACACUACCUGAAGGAAAGACUGCUCCCGGUGGGCACGAGCUGGUGGCUGAUUACUGGGAAAUGGUAGGAGCCGCCCCGGCUGGGGGGGUGGAGAAUGUCGUCACGGAGCACUCGCACAUCGACCAGCAGCUCGACAACCGCCACCUCAUGCUGCGAGGAGAGACUCUGUCAAAAAUAUUCCGAGCCCGUUCUAUCAUUACGCAAUGCUUUCGUGACCAUUACUUCAGUCGAGGCUAUGUAGAAGUGACUCCGCCCACUCUCGUUAAGACACAGGUGGAGGGCGGGUCAACUCUUUUCAAACUGGACUACUUUGGCGAUGAGGUUGAAUUGAUAAAAGACACAUAUUCUUUCCCCAAGAGCAGUUACCACAUGCAACUUAACCCCUAAAAUAUUGACAUCUCACUGUUUUUGGCCCAUUUUCUGCCUCAUUGGUGUCCAGAUUAUAGUGGUUCCAUUAUGACCGCAAAUUCACGAGGCCCCCCCCUGUUUCUCCAGGCGUACCUGACUCAGUCCUCCCAGCUGUACCUGGAGACUGUCAUCCCGGCUCUGGGGGACGUGUUCUGCAUCACGUCUUCCUACCGAGCAGAGGUCUCUCGUACAAGAAGACACGUUGCCGAGUUAGUUACCGCCAGGCCUACCUAUAUACCUAGUCGUCUGAAUGCUGCCAUUUUCUAUAUAUUCUGUAUGUGAUGGGCACUGCACACACCGUAAUGUUCUGCACGAUUCUAAAUACGUGUGAAAUGCGCGAAUUCCUCUAGUAUUGUAUAUACCUCCACCUCCUCACCUUAUCUCUUUUAAAGGUUUACUCACUUGGAAGGAGAGUGUCCGUUCAUAGCAUUUGACGAGCUAUUGGAAAGACUGGAAGAUCUGAUUUGUGAUGUCAUUGAUAGAGUGCUAGCAUCUCCUGCAGCUGCUGUCGUCAAGGAGUUUAACCCUGACUUUGCUCCUCCUGAAAGGCCUUUCAUGAGAAUGAACUACUCUGAUGCCAUAACCUACCUCAAGGAUAAUGACAUCAAGAAGGAAGACGGAACAUACUAUGAAUUUGGAGAGGACAUCCCUGAGGCCCCGGAAAGGCAGAUGACAGACAAGAUCAACAAGAUCAUUUUCCUGUGUCGAUUUCCGGCGGAGAUCAAGUCGUUCUACAUGCCGCGGUGUGAGGAAGACAGACGCCUUACCGAGUCUGUAGACGUUCUGGUCCCAGGUCUGAUGUACAUUCAUUCUACCUCCUUCUCCUCUCUCUAUGACUACAUAUAUUAUAGUACUGUGUGUGUGUGUCUCAAAGAAUACCAUUUCUCUCCCCUCGUCAUGACAACGGCAGGUGUUGGGGAAGUGGUGGGUGGGUCCAUGAGGACGUGGAAAGAAGAGGAGUUGACUGACGGAUUCAGACGAGCAGGGAUUGACCCAUCUCCUUACUACUGGUACACCGACCAGAGAAAGUACGGAUCUUGUCCACAUGGAGGGUAUGGACUUGGUCUGGAGAGAUUCCUUACUUGGAUCCUCAACAGACACCACAUCAGGGAUGUCGUCCUUUACCCCCGGUUUGUGGAGAGGUGCAAGCCCUGAGGAGCCACCAUAGUGCUAGCUGCCACCGGAAAUCAAUCCUAAUUAACUGUAUUAUACACAUUGGCAUGAUAAUGUUUUAGAGGAUGUUGGAAUUUU